GGCAGCACACUGGGCCCCGACUGUCGGCCCUGCCUGUCACAGGCCCUGCUCACAGUUCAAUAUCGGCUAUGAGGGCUUACCUGGUUUUGUCUGUGCUCUUGGGUUGGGGCUGCAUAGUUGGCCCUCGGGAGACGAAGGCACAGCAGCCAGGAACGCCACUCUCCGACCAGGAGUACCGCCAGUUCUUCAAGUUCCUCCGGAUCACUCUCCAAGCCAGCACUGCCUGCCAUCUUCGUGAGCUGUAUGGCUGCCAGAACUCACUGGUCCAGACACUGGACAAGUACGAAAACCACGGAGUCAUCCCUCAAGGACCCGUAUGCUCCGAAAUGCCAGGAAAAACUUUCUUCCCAAACUUCUGCACCUUUUCUUUUUAUCGCUGUAUUAAGAAAAAGUAUUUUCUUAAGAGGAUUGCAUGCCCAGGAGAGAGCAGCGCCAAGCUGCGCAACACAGCAGGCACCAAUGACAUUACCACGAGCAGUGAUGCCAUGUCAUCCAGAAACUUCGGUCCCCAGCCACCUUACCCCACAUCUCCCACAAGUACCCAUCCAGCUGGCUCCAGCCCUGACACGGAAGUACCUGUGACCCCCACCUUCUUACCUACUGGCCCACAAGCCACAGAGGCGACAGCCGGUGGCCAGCAGCUGCCACACAGUGACAUCGAGGAUCUCCUCCUCAGGCUGCUAGACAGCCAGGUGCAAAGCUCCCUGCAGACAAUGAAGUUGUUGUUGUCUCUUGGGAAGGCAGUGAAGGAAGAAGAGUUGCAGGAGGCUGCCACAAGGCUGCUGGAGGCCCUGAACAAUGCAAAUGUGCCUCAAUCGCCAAACUGACACAGGUCAAUAGUGUGGGAAAGACAGAGGAAAAGCCACCUCUUCCAAGUGCAUGGGGAAACAGAGUCAUGUGAAAUGCUACUGCUCAGGAUUCAAAGAAAAAGAUGGUAUCCUCUUGGAAGUGAAUGUACUGAAAAGAUGCUGUUCUGUCCUGCAAAAACUAUUUGCUCACUAUUGUGAUGGUGCUUGUUGUGUCACUCAAGGAAUGUCAUGGGAGAAUGUUGUCUUUUCUUCAUUAAAUGUAGAUGCUUCUGUUCAAAAGCAUUAAGAGAA